AAACCAUCAAAGACCAUGUCUGAACAAACUGUAGUAAAUGAACCAACUGUCGAAACGCAUUCAUCCUUGAAGCAAGAUUCGGAAGCUCAAUCAGCAUCAACAAAGGACCAGGAGCAGCCACGACAGGGACGAGAGCAAGAGCAAACGUCUAACCCCACAAAACGUGCUCGUUCUCCUUCAACUGAAGAGUCAUCGAGAGCAGACUCUGGGAGUAAUAAGCGCGCACGCUCACCUGGCCAUGAUACCAAAAGCACUGAGCCCAAUGUUCAUAAACAAGUCGCAGAGCAUUAUAAUGCUCGACCAGACGUGGGUGUUGAAAAGCGUAAGGAAUCAACGAUAUUUCGACUUAAAAGUUUCAAUAACUGGCUGAAAUCAGUCUUGAUCGGAAGAUAUGCACGGCCUAGAGAUAAGGUCUUGGACGUGGGCGUCGGUAAAGGAGGAGAUCUGCUCAAGUGGUCAAAGGCCAAGAUCCAGUAUUUUGUUGGAUGUGAUAUUGCAUCAAAGUCGAUCGAGCAAGCACAAGAGCGAUACAGAACUAUGCGGAACCCACCUUUCGAGGCGCAUUUCCAUGCCAUGGAUUGCUACUCUGAGCCAAUCUCAAAGGUAGUAUCGCCAGACAUUGUAUUUGAUAUGGUAUCGAUGCAAUUCUGUUUACAUUAUUCAUUCGAGACCGAGGCCAAGGCUAGGAUGAUGCUUCACAAUGUUACAUCGCAACUCAAGCCUGGGGGCGUUUUUAUUGGAACAAUACCGGAUGCAUAUUGGAUUGUCAAAAAACUCAAGUCCGAAUCCGAUGAGGGCCUUCAGAUCGGGAACUCGAUCUAUUCAAUCAGAUUUGAACGCCGAGACAGUUUUGAAAAGUUUGGAGCCAAAUACUGGUUCCAUCUCGAGGAUGCUAUUGAUGAUUGUCCAGAAUACCUCGUUCAUUUCCCAACAUUUCAAUCCCUGGCAGAAGAAUAUGGACUGGAAUUGAUUUAUAAUAAAAAGUUUCACCAAGUCUAUGAGGAGGCAUCCCAGGAACUAGACUUUAAUCAACUAUUGUACAGGAUGAACGUUAUCUCGGAGGAUGGACAUCUUUCUGCAGACGAAUGGGAAGCAGCGAACAUUUAUCUCGCUUUUGCGUUUAGAAAGAGACAAUAAAGCUAAUAUCUGAAGUGCUUACAAGGAAAAGAAAAAGAUGGUUUAUUAUCAACAAAGUUAUUCGUUUUACUACGAUAUUCUGGAUUGUGGCGCUCCUCGACAC